CCCAUCUGACUAUUGAAUCUCCGCCCUUGCUUCCUUAUCACUCGCAAAACUUUUACUAUCUCUAUCUUUUUCUCUCACACCCUUCCUCCAUGAAAGCUUACAGCUUCAGCUUUUCUUCGCACUGCUAAACUCUCACAUAACUCUUUCUUAUCAUAUUUUUUUACCAUUCACUUUUUAGAUUUCAUAUUUCGCUGGUGGAAAAGCUCACUAAACUAAGCUAGUGCUCUACCUAUCACUCGUUUAUUUGGUUCUCUUUCAAUAAAAGUAAAAAACAAAAAACAAAAACAAAAAAAGCUCGAGAAAUGGCUCCCAAGAGCAACCGUGGAAAGACAAAAGGAGACAAGAAGAAGAAGGAAGAGAAAGUUCUUCCGGUUAUGGUGGAUGUCAUUGUGAACCUUCCGGACGAGACGGAGGCUAUUUUGAAGGGCAUAUCAACGGACAGGAUCAUAGAUGUUCGUCGGCUUUUAUCCGUUAACUUCGACACCUGCCAUGUUACCAACUAUUCUCUCUCCCAUGAGGUAAGAGGAUCGCAGUUAAAAGACACAGUGGAUGUUUCGGCGCUUAAGCCGUGUGUUCUCACGUUAACAGAAGAGGAUUACAAUGAGGGAACCGCGAUGGCGCACGUUAGACGGCUGCUUGACGUCGUCGCCUGUACUACUUGCUUCGGUCCGUCGCCGGAGAAAUCCGAUUCGGUGAAAAAUGCGCAGGUUAAGGGAGGUGGAAAGAAUCCCAAACAGACUGAAACGUCGCCUCCGCCGUCUCCUGCGCCGAAGGAUGCGGUUGUUGAUGAAGCCGGAGAGACUAGUCACUCUUUCCCUAAGCUCGGAAGCUUCUAUGAGUUCUUCUCUCUCGCUCACCUCACUCCUCCUCUUCAAUAUAUAAGGCUCGUGGCGAAGCGGGAAACUGAAGAUAUCGCGGCGGAAGAUCAUCUUCUCUCCGUCGAUGUGAAGCUUUGUAACGGGAAGCUCGUUCAUGUCGAAGGCUGCAGAAAAGGAUUCUACAGCAUCGGGAAACAAAGAAUCAUAUGUCACAAUCUUGUUGAUUUGCUUAGACAAAUCAGUAGAGCCUUCGAUAAUGCUUACAGUGAUCUUCUGAAAGCAUUUUCGGAGCGCAACAAGUUUGGGAAUCUUCCUUACGGGUUUAGAGCAAACACAUGGCUCAUCCCGCCUUCUGCAGCGCAGUCACCAGCAGCGUUUCCGCCUCUCCCUGUCGAGGAUGAGAGAUGGGGAGGGGAUGGUGGUGGUCAAGGAAGAGAUGGCAGCUACGAUUUGGUUCCAUGGGCCAACGAAUUCGCCUUUAUCGCAUCUAUGCCUUGCAAAACAGCAGAGGAGAGGCAACUUAGAGACAGAAAAGUGUUUCUCCUUCACAACCUUUUCGUUGAUGUCGCCACUUUCAGAGCCAUCAAGGCUGUUCAGAAGGUAAUGGCUGACCCAGUUCUGGCUGAAGACUCUCAAGUGCUGUAUUCCGAGACAGUUGGAGAUUUGAGUGUUACGGUUACGAGGGAUACUUCCAAUGCAAGUAGCAAAGUGGAUACAAAAAUUGAUGGAAUUCAAGCCACUGGUUUGGAUAAAACGAAGCUGAUGGAACGGAACCUUCUCAAGGGACUUACAGCUGAUGAGAACACUGCUGCUCAUGAUGUUGCUACUUUGGGAACUAUAAGCCUUAAGUAUUGUGGUUACAUUUCUGUUGUCAAAAUAGAGAAGGAGAAUGAGAAGUUGAGCCCACCUUCUCAAAUUGUUGACCUCCUUGAACAGCCUGAAGGUGGUGCUAAUGCUCUAAACAUCAACAGUUUGAGAUUCCUCCUCCAUAAAUCCUCUCCUGAGCAGAACAAGAAAACACAUCAGCAACAGGAUGAUGAGCUUACAUCUUCCCGAGAAUUUGUAAGUAAAAUGCUGGAGGAAAGUCUUGUUAAGCUUGAGGAAGAAGAGAUAGACAGGGAUAGUAUCAUGAGGUGGGAACUUGGAGCCUGUUGGAUACAGCAUUUACAAGAUCAAAAGAAUACGGAAAAGGACAAAAAACAAACCAACGAAAAGUCUAAGAAUGAACUCAAGGUUGAAGGGCUUGGGAAGCCGCUUAAGUCUCUCAACAGCAACAAGAAAAAAACAGACGCAAGCAGCCCUAAGGCGCAGCAGACUGCAGUAUCGUCUCAGGUUGAUACGGCUUCUUCAGAGGCUGAUAAUGCUGCAAUAACUGCAACUUUGCAAUCUGACGCCGAGAAGAAUGCUCAAGAAAAUGUGCUUAUCUUGAAGAAUUUGUUGUCUGAAGCAGCCUUCACUCGUCUACAAGAGUCAGAUACUGGACUUCAUGACAAGUCGUUGCAAGAACUUGUCGACUUGGCACAAAAGUAUUAUACUGAAGUCGCUAUUCCGAAGCUGGUUGCAGAUUUUGGUUCGUUGGAACUCUCCCCAGUUGAUGGCCGGACUCUAACUGAUUUUAUGCACACAAGAGGUCUUCGGAUGCGCUCUUUAGGAUAUGUCGUUAAGCUCUCAGAUAAGUUGUCACAUGUACAGUCUCUGUGUGUUCAUGAGAUGAUUGUUAGAGCCCUUAAGCAUAUUCUUCAGGCGGUGAUUUCUGCUGUUGCUGCUGACACUGACAAAAUAGCUGCAAAAGUAGCUACUGCUCUGAACAUGAUGCUUGGGAUUCCAAAAACUGAAGCGGAAAACUCUUGGAAUGUACAUCCUCUUAUCUUCCGGUGGUUGGAGAAAUUCUUGAAGAAACGAUAUGACUACGAUCUCAAUGCCUUCAGUUACAAGGAUCUACGAAAGUUUGCCAUUCUCCGUGGAUUAUGCCAUAAGGUUGGUAUUGAGUUGAUUCCAAGGGAUUUUGACAUGGAGUCCCCAGAACCGUUCCAAAAAACAGAUGUGGUCAGUCUGGUCCCAGUGCAUAAGCAAGCAGCAUGUUCGUCUGCUGAUGGAAGACAACUUCUGGAGUCAUCUAAAACAGCAUUAGACAAAGGAAAGCUUGAAGAUGCAGUUACAUAUGGAACAAAGGCUCUUGCUAAGCUUGUAGCAGUUUGUGGUCCGUAUCACAGAAUGACAGCCGGAGCUUACAGUUUACUUGCUGUAGUUCUAUAUCACACUGGUGACUUUAACCAGGCUACUAUAUAUCAGCAAAAGGCGUUAGAUAUCAAUGAGAGGGAACUUGGACUUGAUCAUCCGGAUACAAUGAAGAGUUAUGGUGAUCUUGCUGUCUUCUAUUAUAGGCUUCAGCAUACAGAGCUGGCUCUCAAGUAUGUUAAGCGUGCGUUGUAUCUCUUACAUCUAACAUGUGGUCCAUCUCAUCCGAACACUGCUGCUACAUACAUCAAUGUAGCCAUGAUGGAGGAAGGUCUAGGAAAUGUACAUGUUGCCUUGAGGUAUCUUCACAAAGCUCUCAAGUGUAAUCAAAGGUUGCUUGGUCCUGACCAUAUCCAGACUGCUGCAAGCUACCAUGCCAUAGCCAUUGCGCUCUCGUUGAUGGAAGCAUACCAUUUAAGUGUUCAGCAUGAGCAAACAACCUUAAGAAUCCUCCGAGCAAAGCUGGGCCCAGAUGAUUUGCGUACUCAGGAUGCUGCUGCUUGGCUAGAAUACUUUGAGUCCAAGGCUUUUGAACAACAGGAAGCUGCAAGAAAUGGUACUCCUAAGCCUGACGCGUCUAUAGCCAGCAAAGGCCACCUAAGUGUAUCCGAUCUACUGGACUUUAUCAACCCAAGCCAUAACGCAAAAGGGAAACAGAGUGUGGCAGCAAAGAGGAAGAGCUAUAUGAAGCUAAAGGAAAAAUCCAAUCAGAACGUUGUUUCUGAGCAGUUAACAGAAACCCCAAGGGAAAAUCAAAAGGAAAUGUCUGAAGAGGAGACAGAAGCAACUGGAUCAGAAGAUGGUCAAUCGAGCGAUGCGAAUCAGGAGGCAAUUCUUGCACCAGCUGAAGAACCACCUUCACAUCCAGUCAUUGACGAGGCUAUUAUGGAUAAUAGUAAUCCAACUACAUCUGCUGAAGGUUCAACUGAGACACAACACCCUGAUGGUAGUGAAGAUGGAUGGCAACCGGUGCAUAGACCGAGAUCUGCUGGAUCAUAUGGUCGCCGGUUGAAGCAACGACGAGCAUCAGUUGGAAAGGUAUAUACAUAUCAGAAGAAAAAUGUUGAAGCUGAUAAUGAUAACCCUGUUCUCCAGAAUGCUACUCAGCCGAACGCCACAUACUACGUUCUGAAGAAGCGUACAGCGUCCUAUGCAAACUAUGGAGAUCAUCAUUCUCCCGGAAUGACAACUCAAGGCACCAAAUUUGGCAGGAAGGCAGUGAAAACCUUGGCAUAUCGGGUUAAAUCAACGCAGCCGUCUUCUGAUAACCCCAAAACUUCAGCUGAAACAUCAGAAGAAGAUGGGUUGAAGGCAGAUGCUUCUCCUGCUGUGCCAUCUGGUCUGUCUAGUAAUGUGCAAAAUGAGGCAUACCCGAAAUCCUCUGUUGUAAGUCUUGGAAAAUCUCCAUCCUACAAGGAAGUAGCAUUGGCACCACCUGGCUCCAUUGCCAAGUAUCAAGUCUGGGCUCCACAAGCCGAAGCUUCAGAUAAGCAAGAGGAGAAAAAAUCUGAAGAGGGCACAUCGGUGGAGCUGACAAGGGAUGAGCAGAUGAUUACAGUGUCAGAGAAAGAGGUGAAAAAUGAAAUUUCUGCGGAUGCAGAGUCUAGCAAACCUCAAGGCAAAGAAGAGAUCGAAGUAGAGUUACAAUCAUCUGAAGUGGAAUUCAAAGGGAACAAUUUGAACGGAAAUGAAGAAUCUGGUGGGGGCAUUCAGGUGGAAGAACCAGUACUUGAAGAUAAGGAAGGUGUAACAGAUAUGAUUCAUUCCAACACAGAGCAAGAAGUGAAAGAUCAGCUGGCCGCUGAUUCCGAUGAUCUGAAGGAAAAACUGGGAAUCUCUGCUACAGACUCCAGCGACGCCCCGCGAGAGUUACUGUUACCUAACAAGAAGCUAUCAGCUUCAGCUGUUCCAUUCAACCCGUCAUCACCUCCAAGUAUCAUACGUCCUACUCCCAUAGGCAUGAACAUUGGACCGUCGUGGCCAGUGAACAUGACUCUUCAUCACGGACCUGGUCCUUUCCCUUCACCUCCUACAACUCCAAACUUGAUGCAGCCAAUGUCCUUUGUAUACCCUCCUCCUUACACUCAAUCAGUCCCCACAAGUACCUAUCCUGUAACCAGUGGUCCUUUCCAUCCCAAUCAGUUCCCAUGGCCGCAUAUGUCGGAGUUUGUACCAAGAACGGUUUGGCCCGGAUGCCAUCCCGUUGAGUUUCCCCCUCCACACAUGAUCGCUGCCGAGCCAAUAGCUUCAACUGUCUUAGAGCCAACUGUCAUUCUACCAACUGAUAUUGACACUUCGGGUGUGGAAGAAGGCAAGCAAGAUGUGGCGGCAACCACGGAUUCUGUUAAUCAUGUGAAUGCAGUGGCUAGCAGUGAAAUGGAGAAUGGAACCAAGAAAUUUGAGGAUGACGAGAAGACUUUUAGCAUUUUGUUAAGAGGAAGGAGAAACAGGAAACAGACACUGAGAAUGCCGAUCAGUUUGCUUAACAGGCCUUAUGAUUCUCAACCGUUCAAGAUUGCUUAUAGCAGAGUCAUCAGAGGCAGCGAGGCUCCCAAGUCCGCAGCUUGAAACCAAAGACUCAGCAUCGUCGAUGAAAUUCAUCACUCACACAUCUCUCUCUCUCUGAUCCUUGCUGUUUCUUAGGGGACAGUAUAAAAGGUAAUUUCGUUAUCAGUCAUCGGAAGCUGUGGCUUGUGAUAGUCUCAAAAUGAUUUGAUCUGGAUUCUAAGAGAAGGAGAGGUUGAAGAGGGGGAAAAGCCAGAACUAUUCUUUUUUUCUUCUAUACCAUGUGAGGUGCUGAAGUAUUGUUUUCUGGGUUUUAAUUUUUAAUUCAGCCAAUAAAAGAUUAGGAAAUUUUGGACAUAAUCUUUUUUCAUAUCCCUUGUGGCCGCCCAUGUUAAAAAAACUUUUGUUAUCUCUUGUUCA